AUGUCGUCGUACAAGUCGAAUCAGACGUCGAACCAUGAUCUCAGCGAGGAAGAGGACUGGGAAGACUAUGUGCCCGGUGGCUAUCACCCCGUCCACAUUGGUGACAAGUUCUCCGAUGGCCGCUACGUCGUCGUCCGCAAGCUCGGUUGGGGCCAUUUCUCCACCGUCUGGCUCGCAAAGGAUACAAAACACAUCGCGCUCAAGGUCGUCAAGUCUGCGGCGCGCUAUACAGAGACGGCGCUCGAUGAGAUCAAGCUCCUCCAACGGCUCAUCUCCUCGGACCCAACGCACCCGGGCCGCUCACAUGUCAUUUCAUUUCUCGAUCAUUUUCGACACAAGGGCCCCAAUGGCAACCACGUCUGCAUGGUUUUCGAAGUUCUGGGUGAGAACCUGUUGGGGCUCAUCAAGCGACAUCAGACCAAAGGUGUUCCAAUUGGUCUCGUCCGCCAGAUUGCAAAGCAAGUUCUCCUCGGCCUGGACUAUAUGCACCGCGCCUGCGGCGUGAUCCACACCGACCUCAAGCCCGAAAACGUCCUCGUGUGCAUCGACGACGUGGAGAAUGUCAUCGUCAACGAACUCGCACAGUCGUCGACGAGCGCAAAGACGAGGCUCAUUGGUGUCCCUCCCUCCAAGGGUCGCGGUGGCAAUCAGACCCCCAGAGCCGAAUCCAUCUUCAUCACUGGCUCACAGCCCUUAUCCAGUCCUGGUUCGUCUGCAGGCACCAGCCCAAUGCUCGACAAGCGCUCCUUUUUGAUGACCAGAAUGAACGACGACGACGACAUGAGCGGCACCACGCAUGCGAUUGGCAGCGUCGACAAUUCCAAGGCGAGCAAUGGCAGGCGCGGCGACUCUACGGAACAGGCCGUCGAAAAAAUGUCGACGCUCGACGCAUCCUUUGGGGAGAAGAGGGCGAAUGUGGCUGCUAACAAGGCACCCGUAGGACCUUCGGCACUUUCCCUCAGUGCACCCGGUUCCUCCAACGCGGCCCCCCAACGGCCGACGCUGCAGACCUCACCAGACGUACUUGAACCUCCCGAAGAUGCCGAUAUUCACCCACUCGACCGACUGCUGAGGGACGAUUCUGCUUGGGAGCGAAUCACCGUCAAGAUUGCAGAUCUCGGAAAUGCCACCUGGACGGAUCAUCAUUUUACAGAUGACAUUCAGACCCGCCAGUACAGGUGCCCAGAGGUCAUCCUCGGAGCACCCUGGGGUACGAGUGCAGAUAUUUGGAGUGCGGCCUGCUUGUUCUUCGAAUUGUUGACCGGCGGAGACUACCUGUUCGACCCUGCAUCCGGCUCGAGAUACUCGAAAGAUGACGAUCAUAUUGCCCAAAUUAUUGAACUCAUGGGCGAGUUUCCCAAGAGCGUGGCAUUUGCGGGCAAGUACAGUGGCGAAUUUUUCAACCGCAAAGGCGAGUUGAGACACAUUCACAAACUUCGAUUCUGGCCAUUGGAAGACGUCUUACAUGACAAGUAUCUCCUCAGCCGAGAAGAGUCCAAGAUGUUGGCCUCGUUCCUCAACUCGAUGCUUCACUUACAUCCCGACCUACGUGCCUCGGCCGAGGACAUGCUCAAGCACCCACUCAUCUCUACCCUCGUCGUCCAGGGCGAGGUAGAUCAAAUUGUCCGUGCGGAAGAAGACGCCAAGAGACGAUCAAACGGCGAUGUGACCUCACCCAUCGAGGCGUCUAGAGAAACUGGAGAAACUCCAGUCUCUCCUGGUGCGGCAUCCACGACGAGUGGCGGAAGCUCGAGCAAGAAUAAGAAGAAGAAGAAGAAGCGAAACGCAGCACUUGCCAAUGCGGAUGCAGAAGCAAUCGAACACGCAGAAGCAGUUGUCGCGCAACGCGCCCUUGACGAUGCGAAUGCGAUGAAGCCCAUCGAAGCCGAUGAUGAUGAUGAAGAGUCGACUUCGCGCCCACCUGCAUCGCGCUCUCAAGUCAACGUCCGAGAUCGCACAUCGUCUGCACAACGAGCGGGGAGCACCUAG